AUGACCAACGCUAAAGUAGCUGGAGUGUUAAGCCUUCUAGUCCUUGUGGCUAUCUCUUCUUGUCCACGCCAUGCACGAGUAGGCCAUGCAGUAGAUCACUGCCUCAUUGAUAAAAAGAAGGUGAUGCGGGACUGUUGGCAUAACAUCGAAAAGAACUUUGGUGACCCGUUCCCGUCACACGGGAGCCUAUGUUGUGAUACAAUAAGAGAUUCGAAAGACAUCCACUGCGUCUGUGAUCGGUUCACCGCUCACGAACUGACUGUGAUCAGUCUAUCCAAGUUUGCUACGGUUACACAUAAAUGCGGCAACGGGUUGCACACACACACUCAUUGUGCAGGUUACCGUGUUCCCAUCACAACGCUGCCACCUCCACCACCAGAAGGUGCCUAG